AUGCUUCCACGAAGAGCAGUCAGAGUUCGUCCAGCUUUGAGGAGUAUUAAGGAACAAGAAUUACCAACUGACCAAGAAGUGCAAACCCAAGAAGAGAUAAAAUAUGCUGAUUUUCGUGAAGCUAUCCGUAUGUUAAGUCAAGCUGCGACCUAUCAUGUCUGGCUGGGAGAUAAUCGACACGAAGUGGUUGAUACUUCAAGAAUCCGUGAACUCUUAAGUAUGAACCCACCAAGCUUCACAGGUUCAAGUGUCACUGAGAAUCCGGAGAACCUAAAAGGGGCUGAGGAUGCGCUAGCAGUGAGUUGGGUUGUGUUUGAAGGUGCUCUCAUGGGGCGUUUCUUUCCUCGUGAGUUGCGAGAGGUUGACAUGAGGAGCAGGAUGAGUUUAUAUGUUGCUGGGUUGUCUCGUCAGUCAAGCAAGGAAGGCAAGGCAGCUAUGCUGAUAGGGGAUAUUGAUCUAGAAAGAUUUAUAAUCCAUUUACAACAAGUUGCGGAGGAUAAGCUCAAGGAUAGAGAAGAGUUUAAGGAUAAGAGGGCUAAGAUAAACAAAGAUGGGUGCAAUAGAAAUUUCUAUAAUUUCACGGCUAGACUCGUCUAUCCUCAAGGCAGUAUGGUACCAAGGGGUAGUAAGCCUCUUGCUUGCGCCAAGUGUGGUAGGAACCACUCAGGUAUUUGUCGUGAAGGCUCUAUUAGUUGUUUUAAGUGUGGUCAGAGUGGACAUUUCAUGCGACAGUGUCCUAAGAACAGGCAAGGUAGUGGAAAUUUGAGCAGUAGGGCCCAAGCUUCAUCAGUUGCUCCCCCAGAUAGGAUGGUACCUAGAGGAGUUACUUCUAGUAUGGACGGAGGAGCAAACUGCCUCUAUGCAAUCAACAGUCGCCAAGAGCAACAGGAUUCGCCAGAUGUUGUCACUGGUAUGAUUCGAGUCUUUGACUUUGCUGUUUUUUCUUUGCUAGACUCAAGAGUGAGUUUAUAUUUUGAAAUUCUUUAUGUUGCUAUGAACUUUGAUGUUAUACCUGAGCAACCUAGUGAGUCAGUCAUAGAGUGGAGUAGUAGUUCAGCAGAUCCUAGGGGUUGUUUCUUUUCGUACCUUGAGGCGAGAAAUUGCCAAAAGCAAGAGGAUUCGCCAGAUGUUGUCACUAGUUUGAUUCGAGUCUUUGACUUUGCUGUUUUUGCUUUGCUAGAUUCAAAAGCGAGUUUAUCUUUUGUAAUUCCUUAUGUUGCUAUGAACUUUGAUGUUAAACCUGAGCAACCUAGUGAGCCAGUCAUAGAGUGGAGUAGUUGUUCAACAGUGCCUAGGGGUCGUUUCUUUUCGUACCUUGAGGCGAGAAAGGUCGAGGUAGAGUUCUUGAGAGAUAAUGUGGGUUGGAGGAAGAGGCCACCACCAGAAUCCACUCCAGUGGUCAACCUUGCUACCCUAGAUCCCAAGAUUAUCACACCUAGUCUUUCUAUGGAGCAGUCUGAUGCUGCCAUUCUUGCUCUCAUUGACAAGGCCAUUCAGAAGGCCCUGUCAACUGUGAUUGAGAGAGUGAUUAAGUUUGAGGGAACAAUAGCGAGCCAUGCUUUGAGGCUAGAUGAUUUGACUGUAAGGGUUGAGGCUCAGGAGAAGGCUGGGGGUAUUUCUACUAACAUUGAUACCCCGAGGGCGAAGGGAGAGGUUUCCUUUUCAAAUUCACCUGAGAUGCCUAGUACUUUGCCUUCUACUUAUGUGUCAUCCACUGUUAUGCUUGAGGUUUCUGUAGAUGUUGAGGUUGCUGAUAAUGAGAGUAAGAGGGCUGAGGAAACUGAUGAAGAGCUGAGAGAUGAAAAGCAUGGGACUGCUAAGAUACUGACAGAUCUGCAUGAGACCAAAAUAGGUCAUUCUUAA